AUGGUGCUGAAUGAUAAUAUUGAAGCCAAACUUGUGGCUCACAUGCGUGACGCGAUGCUAAUCGAGCCCACGCAAGGUGUACUCGAUGCCAGCUCGCACAACUAUCCGCCUCACGGAAAGUUUUUCAUUGAGAUUAAUCUAGGUGUUGGAUCCGAGAAACCUCAGGUACUGAGUAGCGACCUUACUCACAAAAACGUGACUAUCAACGCCGGCUAUCGAUCAUAG